AUGGCCAUUCAAGUCUCCCUUGUCAUUGUCGGUAAUGCUAUUUUGUCUAUAUCACGCGCCGCUGAGCGGCUGCUGGUGGUAAUCGAGAGAGAGAGAGCUAAUAAUUCUCCUGCGAUUACUACUAAUCCUACCUCUACUACUACUACUACUACUAUUACUACUACUUCCUCCUGGUGCUGCUGCUACUACUCUAUCUACUACCGCUACUACAACUACUACUAUUUCUACCAUUGCUCUCAGUUCUGCAAAUGCUUCUACUGCUAAUAUAUAGACUGCUAAUAAUAUUACUACUCCUACUACUUCUUUUCCUAUUACUACUACUACUACCAACACAGCUGCUUCUAUUUCUACUACUAAUACUACUGGCACUACUGCCAAUGCUACAACUUCCACUAGCAUUAUUAACACUGCUGCUUUUGUACUACAAAAAUUAAUACUAAUAUUUCUACCUCUACUACUACCUCUACCAGCAAAACUGCUAACUAUACCACUGAUGAUACUUUUGCUAUUACUGCCCGAUAUAUUUUAUUAAUUCCAAUACUGCUACAACCACUGAUAAUACUAAUACUACUACUACUACGCUAACUAUACCACUGAUGAUACUUUUGCUAUUACUGCCCGAUAUAUUUUAUUAAUUCCAAUACUGCUACAACCACUGAUAAUACUAAUACUACUACUACUACUACUGAUAUUACUGCUAUUACUACAGCUGUUACCAUCGCUGCUACUGCUGCUGCUGCUGCUGCUGCUGCUGCUGCUGCUGCUGCUGCUGCUGCUGCUGCUGCUGCUGCUGCUGCUGCUGCUGCUGCUGCUGCUGCUGCUGCUGCUGCUGCUGCUGCUGCUGCUGCUGCUGCUGCUGCUGCUGCUGCUGCUGCUGCUGCUGCUGCUGAUUAUACUACUGCUGCUUCCACUUCUACAUCUUAUAGUACGUCUAUAUCUUCUGCUUCUACUAUUACUACUACCAAUAUUACUACUUGUACUAUAAUCACAUGCACUACUACCGCUAAAACUACGUCUACUUCUACUAUUAACACUGUUACAACUCCUACUAUUAAUAAGACUACUUCUAUUAGUAUUACGACUACGUCUUCUCCUACUGCAAGGUGAACUCCUACUAUUACCACCACUGCAAUUAUAUUCACCACUUCUACUACUGCUACUAUUAAGGCUUCCACUGCUAACAAUGCUACUAUUGCUACUACUACUAUCAUUACCACUAUUGCUAACACUGCUACCAACGAGAAUAAUGUUUUUCUUCUACAACACGGCAAACCAACGGAGAGAAAAACUUGACAAUCUACAAAGACCAGAUUGUCAAACGACAUUCCGCUCCCCUUUGGAUCAAGCCGAUCCGAAUGACUGCACAGCUACCCCGGUAGCCCGUGUCGGGUUUGAAAACAAAUCUCGCAUGAACUCGAAACUCAUAUUCAUGUAUACCAACGCGCAAGGUGUACUUUCUAAACUGGACGAACUCCGUAUCCAUACCUACGACCUCCAUCCAGAUGUUAUCUCAAUAACAGAAACAUGGUUGUCCGAACAGGUUGAUGAUAGAGAGCUCAUGCUCCCUGGGUAUCAACUGUUCCGCCGAGACAGAGAAAACAGAAGGGGCGGAGGCCUAGUAAAAUUUGUUAAGAAUGGCUUGCAAGUUUCAGAAAAAACUGCCCGAAUGACUUGUAGUACCGAAGCAUUAUGGCUGACCAUAAGGGCACCGGGCUCUCAAAGUCUCGAUAUCUUGACAGUAUAUCGCUUCCCGAGAAAUGACCCUGACGCUGAUGCCCAACUGCUGGAGGAGCUCAGAUUAUUUUCAACGCGGCCGACUACUCUCAUCGUUGGAGAUUUUAAUGCACCUCACAUCGGCUGGAGCGCGGCCUCAGCCGACUGCUCUGAAGCAGCAUUUGACCAGCAGCUACUGCGUACCUCCGACAACCUGCUUCUCACACAACACGUAAUGUUUCCAACUAGAGUUCGAGAGGGCCAACAGAUGAACUGCCUCGAUCUUGUGUUCACCAAGUCGUCUGACAACAUCGACGUUGUGAAUUGCCUCCCCCCGUUGGGUCAGAGUGACCAUGUAGUUCUCAUGUGGGAAUACACGUUAUUCUCCCUUCCUACACAACCGCUCGAUUCCCGACCUAAUAUUUGGCGCGGCGAUUUCGAACAGAUGAAAAAGGAUCUUAGUCCUAUCGACUGGGCAUCCACUCUCUCCGGCGAUGUAGAAGAGGCUUGGUGUCAGUUCAAAGAGUUAGUCCACAACCUCAUCUCCAACCACUGCCCAAUCAUGCGCAGAAGACUAACAAAUAGACCUCGCUGGUUGACUCCGUCCUUAAAGAAGGAAGUUAACAAGAAGAGGAAGCUAUGGAAAAGAUCACUGACGGAUCGCACGCCAGAAUCCUUAAGCAAUUAUAAGUUACAGAGAAAUAGGGUCAAAAUUAUCCUCGCCAGAGAUAGGAAAGCUUUUAAAACGAAUCUUUUGAACCGUGCCAUGAUUAAUCCAAAAAUCCUUUACAGCUACAUAAGACAGAGCACACGGAACAAGGAUCCUGUCCCACUGCUGCGAACGGCUGAGGAUGUGGAAAUCUCCGAUGACAAGGAUAAGGCUGAACAUCUCUCUCAGUUCUUCCGGUCAGUCGUGACAUGUGAACCUGCUUUUUCCUCACCCGCUUAUGAAGACGAAGAAACACCUACCCUCGAAGCCGUCUUCUUCACCGAAACAAUUGUUCGGAACGAGUUACUAAACCUAAAAGAAUCGACCUCCCCAGGUCCUGAUGCAAUCCCGGCCAAGCUGCUGAAGGAACUAGCUUCCGAAAUGUCCAAGCCGUUAGCCUUGAUCUUUCAAACUUCAUUUGUUACUGGAUGCCUGCCCUCUGACUGUAAGUCCGCUACCAUCACUCCGCUUUUUAAGGGUGGAAGUCGUGCGUCUGCGAAUAACUACAGGCCAGUGAGUCUUACCUCCAUCUGUUGCAAAAUCAUGGAGAAUAUCAUUAAGAAGACCUUGGUGCAGCUCCUCGAGCAGUACCAUAUCCUUUCGGAUGCCCAACACGGCUUUCGAAGUGGUAGGUCCUGCCUCACGAAUCUGCUCUUUACGCUCGAAUGCUGGACCAAAGCACGUGAUGAAGGCAAGGUGGUGCACGCCAUCUACAUCGACUUCAAAAAGGCUUUCGACAGCGUUUCUCAUCAACGUCUCCUGUACAAACUGCGCAACACUGGAAUUCGUGGACGCCUUCUUGUAUGGAUCCAGAGCUUUUUGGCUGGACGGUCCCAAAGAGUGCAGGUCGGGCGUCAACAGUCCUCAGAUGUAAGCGUGGUAAGUGGCGUCCCACAGGACUCAGUCUUAGGUUCCACGUUAUUUCUCGUUUUCAUAAAUGACUGCGUCAAGGACCUAGACUGUGAUGCCAUCCUGUUUGCCGACGACAUUAAAUUGUGGAAGGCUGUUCACAAUGCGGCAGACGCAGACCACCUGCAAGCAAACCAGAACAGGCUCGAAGACUGGUCGAAGCGCUGGCUUAUGCCCUUCAAUAUAAGCAAGUGUAACUUUCUUCAACUCGGCGGCUUCAGAGCCCCCAGCCCCAGGACCUACUUUCUGCACGGCACACCACUGCAACAGGUUGACAGUCCGAAGGUCCUGGGUGUAUGGAUUACAUCUUCACUCAAACCAACACUGCACUGCGCGAAGGCGGCUAAAUCGGCUACGGCCACAUUGCAACUCAUUAGGCGAGCAUUUAUGGGAUUUGACCCUGACUGCUUUUCAAAAAUAUUUGGCACCUCAUCUAGAAUACGCCAUACAGGCGUGGAGACCCUGGACUGCCAAGGAUUAUACCGUCUUGGAGAAGGUCCAGAGACGGGCGACCAAAAUAACACAAGGUCUGGGAGCACUGCCCUAUGA